AUGGAUGAGUACUACUACGAACCCCUGUUUUUCGCGAAUGAAGCGCUGAAGCUGAACUUGCAGAAACAGUUUAGCCGGCUGUCCCUCUUCCUCCUGGAGAGCCUGUUCAACUGCAGCCUGCACGCCGUGGACGUACUCCUCCCCUUGGCGUCGCGGAACUCCGAAUGGAAGGAUGCAAUCUACAACUUCCCGCCCUGCAACGACUCAAACAUGCCGCAAGUGGCGAAGGUGAUUCGCUUGCAGCUCGACCACCACGCCUUGGCAUGGCUGAGAUCGAGGGAGGAUAUCAAGGUUGUCCACUGGCUUCGAGACCCUCGCGGUAUAAUCAAUUCCAGAAUGCCCACGUCGUUGCUGAACGGCUUUCAGGUGGAUCCCUGGGUGCUAUGCAAUCAUAUUGGACACGACAUACUCGCCAUCGACAGUCUUCCCCCCAAUCGAAGGCGGAGAGUGAGGUAUGAAGAAUUCAUGUCGAAUCCGAUCCAGGUCAUGCGCGAUCUCUACCGUUUCCUGGGGAUUCCCUGGCCAUCAGACGGAGACAAACGAAUCUUGGCCUGCUGUGUAGAACCCUCAAGCCUGAAUCAUACCAAGAACACGAACGUAUCCACGUUCGACCCCAACCAUUGGAAACGGGAUCUGGGAGAGAAGGAGAUGAGCAUAAUCGAACGGGAUUGCGGGGCUGUGAUGGAUGCGCUCGGGUACCAGAGACUAGUGGUGACUGGGCCCCAACGCGUGGAGGAAGUCGAUGAGGCAUUCAAGUUGGACCCCAAUGAAUUACCCACGAAUGUCUCGUAUUCGAUCGCGUAG